AUGUCUUCUUCCUCUUCUACUUCCAAGGACAUGUGGCCGUGUAGACACGUCCCACGCCGUAGGAGAGACGAGAUUGUUCUUCUCCGCGAGGCAGUCGAUAUCGCCGUCCAAUAUUUCAACUACGGCACCCGUGAAGAAACCAAGCAGCUGACCAGAAAGGCGAAGAGCUGGUCUGAGAGAUACUACAAGAAACGAUACAAUCGAUACGGUCAGAAGCGAGCCGUGGGUCUGAUCAGGGACUUCCCUUCCCUCUUCAACCUAUCUGUUUCCCCAUCAGACCGUCUCGCCAAAGCCGUCAUGGUCACCCCUAAGCCUGACGGAGACUCCGCAAAGUCGGAGAAAUUUCCGGAAUGGGUAGAGCCAACCCUGGCCUCCGACGAGGAGAUCGACGAGAUUGUCGACCUCCGCCCCCGGCAACCAAGAGGCAAGCCCAAGAUGCGGGUCAACGCUGCCCAGCUCCGGGACUCAGGGCUACUCAAAUCCCUGCCCGAGUUCAUCAACCAGCUCGCCCAGGCCAACCUGGAGACUGAGACCAGGCUGGCCAACAGCACCAAGCAAGGGGCCGGCUUCGAGCUCGACGAGGACGAGGCCGCCACGCAGCCCCACAUCGAGAUGAACCUCCUCGCAGGACUGCUGGAGAAGCGGGAGGUUGGUGGGCUGGAGAAGCUGAAGAUGCCCGGCCAAGAGUCUUCCGCCUCCUCUUCGUCUUCCUCAUCGACCGAAACCUCCGACAGCGAUGUCAAUUCUCCGGCUUCCGCGUCUGAAAAGCCUUCCCAGAAGCGGAAGGCAGAUAGUAGAUCCGACUCCGAGUCGUCCUCCUCAACUAGGAACUCCGGGUCGCCUUCAGCGACAAAGAUCAGAAUCGUGACUAAGAAGCGAGCACGGUCGAGCGCAGUAUCCAUCUCUCCUCCUCGACCUGCACCUUCCUCCGAGAGCAACUCAGAUGACUCAUCAGCGUCGCCAUCGACCACCUCCAGCGGCGACGAGAGCAAGGCGGGUGUGAAAAGUGAGGGCCCGAGCCCCACGCGCAUUAAGAUUAAAGUUGUGAACUGGCAAAGUUUCGGCAACUGA